AUGCGGCGCGACAAAUGCAACAGCGUCACCUCGGCGAUGCAGCGCAGGAGAAAGCAAAGAGGGGUCCACCAUAUGUUUGCCACCUCUGUGGUCGCGAAUGUAAGACUGGAGCCGGUCUUGCCAGUCACAUGCGUGGUCACGAAAGGACCUUCGUGCGAGAGCGAGAGGAAGGACGGUCGAUCACGACAGAGGAUGGGGUGCAGAAGGAGGGGCUCGAGAAGGCGCUGGCUGAGAAGUUCUCUCUGGUCGUGAAGCCAACUCAAAGCGGAAAAACUUUUGAACUCAUACACGACGUGCUGGACAAGAAUGCGGACGAUGCAAAUGCAUGUCAUAUCAUUUUUACGCAGAACACGAUAUUGAACAACGAACAGUGUGCUGUACGCCUGGCCGACAAAUGGGUGGAGCUCUUUGGUCGUAGAGCCGCGCAAGAUGAGGUACAAAGUAAGCAAAUCUAAUGCACUUAAACUGAGGACUUCACAACGAGGCGUACUUCUUGAGAAGAGGGCUUGUAGGUACCAUUCUUUGCAGAGAACAAGUAGCUCAGAUUUCAAAAUUCACUUAUUCGAGAAGUUUUGAUUGCAGUAUUUUCGCGUAAAGAUACAUAUUCGAGACAAUGCCAUGGGAAAUUGCACGCAUGACCACCAGGUUGUGAUGGUGACUUCAAAGCCAGGCGGGAAUCUGCCUUGCCGUGUGGCGAAAAAAUGAUACACCAGGAUUUUUCUCGUUGUACAACCUUAUUCUUUUUUCGUUUUUUGCUAUCCCAAAAAGGCCUACACCCUUCGGGACUGAUGUCGCCAUCCCGAUAGUUAAGCAGCGAAACCACAGCGUGGCACCGGCGUCCCGGGGAUACAUAGUGAAGGAUGGAUUCGAUAAGCGCCUCCAGAGGAGUCCCAACCCUUGGGAGACUCCGAUCGGAGGCGCUUGGGAGGGGUGUCAAAAAGGGGGACCAAACGAGGCGGAUCAUUUGGCGACCAUUUUGGCGCCAAAUAAAGUGUCGCCUUAAGGCACCCCCUAACCUUCACUAGGCGGGCCCACUUCGGUCUCGCUAAAAAGUGUUGACGUUAUAUUUUGAAAAAUGGGGUUCAUUUUGCAGCCCAUUUCUGUCGACAUCUCUUUAACCAAAAAAGGACCCUAUCGAAGUGCCUCAACUGCGG